GUUUAACUAAUGUUUGGCAAGGUAUGCAAAUUACAUGUUGUUAAAACUACUUCUAAACAGUGCUGAAUAUAUUCUCGCAAAACAAACAAUACAUUGUUUAAAAGCCAUAAAAAGUAUGACCGGUAGAUUUAAAGCAGGACCAAAACAACCCUGUUGAAAAUAAGGAAGUGACAGUGUUAGAGUUACCUACUCUAAUAUUGAAAGUGCUCAAUCUCUCACCGCAUUGAAGCAGACAUGACUUUUCUGUAUGUUGCUCACCUGAUACUCGCUGGGCUCACGGGAAUUCAAAGCAUAAUAACUGUCAGUGAAGUAUCAGUGAAGGCUGGAGAUCCCAUCUCCAUCCCAUGCCUAUAUGACUUGAAAUUCAAAGAUAAUGGGAAAUACUUGUGUAAAGGAAAAUGGUGGCUCACAUGUGAUUGUGUAGUUCAAACGAACAACCCAGAUAAUUCGAAUCAGUUUUCAAUCUCUGAUGACCAAACCCAAGGUAUCAUCACAGUCACUAUUCAUAAUCCAAAGGAUGAUGGUGAAAGCUACUGGUGUGCUAUCGAGAAAAAAAACAGUGAUGUCAGACGACGUUUCAAGCUGUCAGUCACCACAGGUAUGCCAAGUCUUCACGUGGACGAACAGGAAAUCACAGCAUUUGAAGGAGGAAGUGUGACUGUCAAGUGCCACUCUAAAAAUCAAAAAGUAACCAAGUGGUGCAGGCUGGACAGCAGCAGCAGCACAUGUGUGUCGGAUCAGACUGGAUCAAUAGAUGGAGCAACAGUCACCAUCAACAAGAGCGUCUCAAAUGUGUUCACCGUGACGAUGAGUGGACUGAAGACAGAGAACAGCGGCUGGUACUGGUGUGUUAAAGGAAAAUUACAAAUGCCAGUGCACAUAACUGUUCAUGAGUUAACUUCAACUACUUCAACUACUUCAAUUACUUCAACUACUCCAACUACUUCAACUACAAUAAGCACCAGUACAGCAACGACACUUCAAACCACUACCCAGAAUGCCUCCCUGUUCUCGAGUGCAGAGCCACCUACAGUACAGCCCUCCUUCUCCACCGUAAUCGGGACAGGCGGAGAGAGCCUGCAAGAUAAAAACAAGAGCUCCACUUUGGUAUGGAUUCUCCCCACAACCCUCGUCUUACUGCUGUUGGUUGUUCCGACUGCCUUUCUUGGAUGGAGAAUGAAGAAAAAGCGUUAUAAGACCAAGACCGAAGUGCCUGUCAUUACUGGGGGUGCAGAAGUUCCUGAUGUGCACUAUGCUACUAUUUUUCAUAAUCCAGAUGCAGCAUCGCAGCAGAAGCAGAACAAUAUACCCGAAGAGACUGUCACUUACAGUACCAUUGUAUUGAACCGUAGUGUGUGACAAAUGACUGAACCAGUAGAUGGAGGUGUGAUCUACAGCACUCUACAAACUAAAAUAAAAAUACAUACUCAUUGGCAGAAAAGAUGGGAAGACUUUAUUAAUGCAAGUAUGGUUACACAUUGGUAUUAUGGAUAAACCAAGCAACCCAGCAAUCCCGUAUUAGAGACGUGUGCAAUUCAGAGACUUUCAUUUACAGAGGAUGUUUUGUGAAACCCUGCACACAUACAAAUAAUGUGUCCCCCACAUGUAAAUGUUUCAAGUCAAGAGCAGCACUGUGGCAGUGUGUUCAGACUCUAAAAGUAAAAGUGUGAUGUUCAACAUUUGUCACUUUCGGUUUGACACAUUGGGUAGGAGCAAACAUUUCUAUUGCGACCAAAAAAGCAGAUCAGACAGAUUAAAUUUACCAAAAUCAGGAAGUGGGUGAGUUAAAGGUUUAACUCUUGUUGCAGCUUCUCCAAAUAUGAAUUGACCAUCUUGCCAUUGAAUAAAAUCAUGAUCUAGAAAAUAAUCUUUUUAUAAUUAUCAUCCCUAAUCCUCCUUUACACUUUGGCUUUAAACAAGAUACUUUACAUAUUGCUACUAGGGCUGCAACCAACACAUUAUUUGUCUUUCUGAUUAAUUUGUCAGAAAAUAGUAUAAAAUGUCCAUCCCAAAAGUCUUUCCCAAAGUCCAUGUUGUCCAUCUAUAACCAAAAGACAUUCAGUUAGAUUUGAUAUGCAACAGUGAAAUUGCUGUAUUUGAGUGGCUAAAACUUAUUUAAACAAUUAACCAAUAUAUGUUCCUGUCAAUUGACUUUCAUUGCAGCUCUAAUGUUAACAAUAUCUGAUUAUAUUAUCCUUUUAAUCAAUAAUCCAGUAUAACAGUACAACAUAAUAAUCUCGUAUUCAGUCGAGUACGACAACUAUAGGAUUUGCUUGGGGAUGUGGUUUACUAUUCCCAAUGAGCUAAAAUAAUGUAAAAUAUAUAUUUGUUUGGGAACCUUGUGCGAAAUGUAUGUUUUGAUAAUGUAUGGGAAGUGUAACGCUUCAUUACUGUGCAAAUAAAAACAGAAAAUGUAAAAAUGUA